CAGAGCUCUCAGUUUAGUUCUGCAAAGACCCUCCAGACCACAACGAGACCCGGGACAGCACCAUGGGCGGCCUCUGGCUCUGGCUGCUCUGUGCACUGUGGCCCCAGGCGAUUGCACUCAGCCCAUCCUUGCCCCCCGUGGAGCAGUAUGAGGUGGUGUGGCCCAAACGUCUGCCUGGACCCCGCACCCGCCGAGCUCUGCCCUCCCACAGGGGCCUGUACCCUGAGAGUGUGAGCUAUGUCCUUGGGGCCGGAGGACACACCUUCACCCUGCACCUGCGGAUAAACAGGGACCUGCUGGGCGUGGGCUACACAGAGACUUAUUCAGCUGCCAAUGGCUCUGAGGUGACAGAGCAGUGGCAUGGGCAGGACCACUGCCUCUACCAGGGUCACGUGGAGGGUCACCAGAGCUCUGCUGCUAGCCUCAGUACGUGUGAUGGCCUCAGGGGCUUCUUCCGGGUGGGCUCUGCCAUCCAUGUGAUCGAGCCUCUAGAUGGAGGUGGUGAGGAGGGGCAGCAUGCAGUGUACCAGGCCAGGCACCUGCAGCAGAAGGCUGGGACUUGUGGGGUCAGCGAUGCCAGCCUGGACAACCUUCUGGGGCCUCGGGUCUCAGCAGCCUUCAGGCCUCAGCCCCGGAACUGGCCCCUGUCCCGAGAUACCCGCUAUGUGGAGCUGUAUGUGGUCACAGACAGCAAGGAGUUCCAGCAGCUGGGGAGCAGAGAGGCCGUGCGCAGGCGUGUGCUGGAGGUGGUGAACCAUGUGGACAAGUUUUAUCAGGAGCUCAAUUUCCGUGUGGUAUUGGUGGGCCUGGAGAUCUGGAGCAGGGACAAGGUCCCCAUCAGCCCCCAUGCCAACAUCACCCUGGAGAACUUCCUUUCCUGGCGGGCACAGGACCUGAUGGGGAGACACCCCCAUGACAAUGUGCAGCUCAUCACGGGGGUCGACUUUACCGGGACCACCGUGGGACUGGCUCAGGUGUCUGCCCUGUGCUCUCGGGCCUCCGGGGCUGUGAAUCAGGACCACAGCCAGAACCCUAUUGGCGUGGCAUCCACCAUGGCCCACGAACUGGGCCACAACCUGGGCAUGAACCAUGACGAGAAUGUCCAGGGAUGCUACUGCCCCGUGCCACGGGAGGGUGGUGGCUGCAUCAUGGCGGCCAGCAUUGGCUCCAAGUUCCCCAGGACGUUCAGCAGGUGCAGCAGGACUGACCUAGAGAUGUUCCUGGAGAAACCCCAGACGGGCUGCCUGGCCAAUGCCCCUGACCCUGACCGGCUGGUGGGAGGCCCUGUGUGUGGGAACAUGUUUGUGGAGCGUGGGGAGCAGUGUGACUGUGGCACUCCCCAGGACUGUCAGAACCGCUGCUGCAAUGCCACAACAUGCCAGCUGGCUGAGGGGGCCAAGUGUGCCCAUGGCACCUGCUGCCACGAGUGCAGGGUGAAGCCAGCUGGUGAGCCAUGCCGCCCCCAGAGGGACCAGUGUGACCUGGAGGAGUUCUGCGAUGGCCGGAGUCCAGCGUGCCCAGAGGAUGUCUUCCAGGAGAACGGCACACCCUGUCCUGGGGGCUACUGCUUUAAUGGGCACUGCCCCACACUAGCCCAGCGGUGCCAGGAACUGUGGGGUCCAGGUGCACAGGUUGCUGCAGACACCUGCUUCUCCUUCAGCAUCUCUCCAGGCUGCAGAGGCAGGAUCACCCCCAGCAUGGGCAGGGCCGACAGAUGUGGGGUCCUAUACUGUGCAGGGGGCCGGCAGCCCCCAGAGCGCAGCUCCUGUACACUCAGUUCCUACUCGGGCAAUUGCCAAGCUCUGCACAUGGACAGCGAGGCCUCUGCCUAUGAGCCUGUGCCCCAGGGCACCAGGUGUGAUAAGGGGAAGAUUUGCUGGGAAGGGCGCUGCCAAGACCUCCAGGUCUACAGAUCCAAGAACUGCUCCGCCCAGUGCCACAACCAUGGGGUGUGCAACCACAAGAGGGAGUGUCACUGCCACGUGGGCUGGGCACCGCCCCACUGUGCGGAGCUACUGACAGACAUGCAGGCAGCCUCCAGUCAUGUCCAGUCCACCCUUCCCAGUCCCUAUCUACCCACAGAAGGCACCAGACCAGCUCAGACCUGCUCCACCCACCAAGCCCCUCCCAAAGCUGAAGCCCAAGCAGCCUGUCAAGCCAACCUCUGCACCCCCAUUGCCACCUGUCAAGCCCAGUGCUGGAGAGACCACACCUGGAAUGACUCAGGGGGUCAAAGGCCCCAAAGUCCCGCUGAAGCCCCGCAUCCGAAGGUGACAAGGGCGCCGGCCCAGUGUCCCGCCACUGCACAAGUCUGGAGAGGCACUUCGGAACCAAGCGCUGGCAUCCCGGGCUCACUACCUGGGCCUCCACGGACCUGGCUGGACGCUCGGCUCCACUCAGGACUCUGGCCUGCUGGGCCUUGCUGCCAGGGGCCAGUGCUCGCCGGCUGGGCCCGCACAGCGGCGUGUGCAAGCGCUGGGGCGGGUGCACUCGGGCGGCCACUAGCGAGGGCGGCUAGGCGGUUCCCGGCGCUAGACUUCCUAACAAUAAAGAGCUGUGUUUCCCCAGCAAACUGUCGCGCAAGUUCUGUGGGGCGGGAGGUCCUCAGUACACAGUCAACCUUCCUUUGGCCCGGGAUUUAAUCACAAGCCCUCGGU